AUGUUCCCACUUUAUAUCCGCUUCAUGUAAACUCACUGCUUCAUUCUGACAAAAAACAAAAUGGCUUCAAAUCUGGAGGCUCCAACCACCAACAGCCCCUCUGUGAGCUGCCAAUCCUUUCUCCCUGUCUGCCUCACUGGAACAGAGGCAGAGGGCCUCGUCUCACCUCCCUGGUCAGUUGACUCUCCAGAGCAGUGUGAGGAACAUGGAGAGAGCCUGUCUACGUUCUGUUUGGAUGACCUGGAGCCUUUAUGUAAAGAGUGUGCAGCUGUGAGCCAUGCAGGACACAGGGUUUACCUUCUGACUGAGGCUGCAACUGACUGCAAGGAGGAGCUCAAAACAUCAGUAAAUGGACUGAAGACUAAGAUGACUCACUUUGAGGAAGUUACACAGACCUGUGAACAUGCAUCCAGACAUAACCAGGCUGAGGCCAAAUUCAUAGAGGAGCAGAUGAAAAAGGAAUUUGAAAGUCUUCACCAGUUUUUGAGAGAGGAGGAAGCAGCCAGGCUACUUGCACUCAGGGAGGAAAAGGAGGAGAAGAAGAGAGAGGGUGAAAAUCAGAUAGACAAAAUGAAUCAGGUGAUAAAGUCUCUGGAAGAGAAGAUCCAACUGGUUGAAGAGGAGCUGGAUGCAGGAGGAGAUGGGGUUAAAUUUUUAGAGUGCUACAAAGACACGAUAAAUAGCAAGGAGCCACAGAAAGUUUGCAGACCUCUAAUAGAUGUGGCCAAACACCUGGGUAACCUACCGUAUGCUGUGUGGGAGAAGAUGAAACACAUCACCCCGUACACUCCAGUUACGCUGGAUCCCAGGACAGCAAGCCAUACUCUGAGGGUGUCUACUGGGUUAAACAGUAUCCAUAUCAUCCCUGGAUCCUCACAGGGGCUUGACCAUAGUCUGGAUGUUGCUGUCCCUGCCCCAGCUAACCCUGAACGUUUCCACCCUUAUUCCUGCAUCCUGGCAAGAGAGGGCUUCGAUUCAGGAGUGCACUGUUGGGAUAUUGAGGUUGGUGACACCGAUAAUUGGACAGUCGGUGUUGCUGCUCAGUCAUUGUCCAGAAGGACAGAGUUUGAGGCCUUUCCAGAGGCAGGACUGUGGUGUAUCAGCCUGCGAGACGGCGAGUACCAAGCUCUGACCACUCCCUCUGAAGCCCUAAAUCUCGAAAACUCACACCGCCUCAGCAGGGUCCAUGUGACGCUGGACUGGGAUGAAGGGACACUGGAAUUCAUGAACGCCGAUACUGAAACACGUCUUUUCACAUUUAGACAUUGCUUUACUGAAAAGGUGUACCCAUACUUUGAGAGUAUAUCGUUGGGUGGGUGCCUCACUGUGUUGGCACAGAGAGUGAAAGUCAGCGUGGAGUCAGAUUUUGUCUCUGUGGAAGAUACUACUCUCACUGAGGAGGAUCAGGUGACGAAAAGCAAUUCUUGCACCGAGGGAGACGUUAACACUGCAAUGACUAACAGCAACAGUAAGAUGUCAGAGUUUAUGCAUCUGACUGAAGACAACAACUCAAUUUGUUCUUUGAGAGAGAAGAAAACCCCACCUCAGAGACGUGCCUCGAAGGAUCAGCUUAUUAAAAGAAAACCCACUGGAACGGAAAAGGCAAAAGACAACAGAUCUGCUGUCAAAAAACAGAGCAGCAAGCCCAGGUUCAGUGUGACCUACCAUGUUUCACUGAACAGAGCCCUGAAAAAAGCCCUAAUCAACACUGAAUCUGGCAAUCACAAACAAAUCCACGAAUCAUGUUGAUCAUCUGGUUAAUAAACCCCCGUGAUAAAUAAGAGUCUUCGGUUAUUAUCAAUUAUACAAGUGUUUCUCUUAAGUCUUCAGUCAUAGUAGCAGCGUGAUUCUAGGGUCAGAAAUGUCUCAACUACUGGACUGAUUGCUGUGUCAUUUGGUACAAACAAAAAGGUCAGGAUGAACUGUAAUCACUUUGCUGAUCCUUCAACUUUUCAUUUAGCAGCAGCAUCAGGUCAAAAUUUUAAUCUGUCCAUUAUUUUGGUUUAUAACCAAAUACCUGCAAUCAGCCUCAGCUGUACUUUGUGUUUAGUGGUAAUUAGCAAAUAUUAGCAUGCUAACACGCUAAACUAAGAUGGUGAAUAUGGUAAACAAUAUACCUGCUUAACAUCAACAUGUGAGCAUGUGUGCAUACUGACGUUCACAUUUAGCUCAAAGCAUCAAGACAGCCACAAUAUAGUGUCCAAGUGCAGUCGCUAGCAUAGCUUAGUCUUGUUUAUAGGAGUUGGAGGAGACUUGAUUGGAUUUUGUUUCUGAGGAGUUUGAUGAAAAUAUAUUUUUGCUGUGUUCUCAUCCGUACAGGCUCUGAUACAUUGACUGAAAUUGUACU